AUGACAACAUUUCAUGAUCCAAGAGGCGAGGUGGCAACAGCUGCUGAGCCUUAUACGCUGAGCUACAACCUCACCGCAGAGGAAGGCGCCGGUACCACGGUUGGUCUGCUGGCCAACGGUUUUCCGGAUUCAGAUAACUUCCUGCACGCGGUCGGCGCCGCCCUUACUAAACGGCUACCUGGUCUGCAGGGAGAUUUCACCGCCCGUUCGCUGGGUAUGCCGGAUGCCCCCCGUGUGCAGCUGCCACAUCCCGUGGCAGGUACAGGCGAGGCAAAUCUGCAGCGCGUGGCUGCGGAUGAAGCCGCGGCACUGGAACAGUUACACGACCUUGGCUGUACGGACGGCCUGCCAGUGGUCAUUCCCACCGCUGAGCGGGUAGAGCGUAUGGUGCUGGCCAGUGCCCAGGCGUCAGACAUGGUGCUGGGUGUUAUGGGUCCGGCCUUAGGGGUAGCAACGGUAGAAAAAGUUGCUGUUGCAGCAGUGAUGGCCGGCUGCACCGCAGAGCAUAUGCCUGUGGUGAUGGCGGCCGUACAGGCAGUGCUACAGCCUGAAUUUGAUUUAACUGAAAUGCAGUCCACCACCCACUGUACGGCGCCACUGAUUAUCGUCAAUGGACCGGCAAGAAACGAAUGUGGCGGCAUUGCCAGUGGUUUUGGCGCGCUGGGCCCCGGCCAUCGUGCUAACGCCAGCAUCGGUCGUGCGUUGCGCCUGACCAUGAUCAAUAUUGGUGGCGCGCGUCCGGGUUCAUCGGAUAUGGCGCUGCUUGGGCAUCCCGGCAAAUUCACUUACUGUCUGGCAGAAGACGAAGAACAUUCACCGUUUACGCCGCUGCAUGUUGGUCGCGGAUUUAAGCCUGAAGACAGCGUGGUGACGGUAAUCGGUGCGGAAGCCCCGCACUCGGUGAUCUACUCGGGCAAUGCGGACGAUCCUGAUGAUGCGGAGAAUCUGUUACAUCAGCUGGCGGUAGGGCUGGCCAAUAUGGCCACCAACAAUGCCGUGCUCACCGGUGGCGGGGCGGUUGUGGUUCUGAAUCCGGAACAUGCACAGAUACUGUCUCAGGCCAAUCUGACCCGUGAACACAUCGUGCAACGCCUGUGGGAGCUGACGCAUUUUCCCAAAGCACAGCUGAAACAGUAUGGCGGCUCGUUUGCCACGCGGAUAACCGGUGACGAUGAUUACCGUGCGUUUAACGCGCCAGACGAUAUUCUGCUGCUGAUGGCCGGCGGCAGUGAUGUAAUUCAGAGUGUGGCCGAUGCGCUGCAGUUCAUUUCCUAUUAUCACCCGCUGGAUUUUAUCCGUGCCAUGCGUGGUGCCUGGGAAAAAGAAGAAUCCCCGGCGGCCAAGGCGGCAUUGACCCAGGUGCUGGUGAAUUCAAAAAUGUGUGCCAUGGGCAAGCGGCCCAUCUGUCAGGACACCGGUAUUGUUAACGUGUUUCUGACCGUGGGCAUGGAUGUGCAGUGGCAGGCGGAUAUGUCUGUUGAAGACAUGAUCAACGAAGGCGUGCGGCGUGGUUAUACACACCCGGAUAAUGUCCUGCGCGGUUCGGUGUUGACCGACCCUGACGGCGCCCGCAGCAACACCAAAGACAACACCCCGGCGGUGAUUCACACCAGAAUUGUUGCCGGUGACAAAGUUGAUAUCGAAAUUGCGGCCAAAGGUGGUGGCAGUGAAGCCAAGGCCAAGUUUGCCAUGCUGAAUCCCUCAGAUGAUGUGGUGGAUUGGGUGCUCAGCGUUGUGCCCACCAUGGGCGCCGGCUGGUGUCCACCAGGUCUGCUCGGUGUAGGCAUCGGCGGUACGCCGGAAAAAGCCAUGCUGCUGGCGAAAGAGUCGCUGAUGGAGCCUCUCGACAUGCACGAGCUGCAGGCCCGUGGUGCCAGUAACCAUUAUGAAGAGAUGCGCCUGGAGCUGUUUGAAAAGGUCAACGGGCUGGGUAUUGGUGCCCAGGGUCUGGGCGGCUUAACCACUGUGUUGGACGUUAAAGUCAAAGAAUACCCAACCCACGCGGCGAACAAACCCGUUGCGGUGAUUCCCAACUGCAGUGCCACCCGCCACGUACAUUUUGAACUGGAUGGUUCUGGUCCCGCUGAGUUUGUACCACCGGAUCUGUCGGAAUGGCCGGACAUUGAAUUUGAGCUGGGUGAUGACGUGAAACGCGUCAACAUGGAUGAAAUUACCCCUGAACUGGUGCAGUCACUGAAGUCCGGCGAUACGCUGCUGUUGUCCGGAAAAAUGCUGACCGGGCGUGACGCAGCGCAUAAGAAGAUUGCUGACCUGCUCGAAAAAGGUGAGCCUCUGCCGGUCGAUUUCACCAAUCGGUUUAUCUAUUACGUGGGCCCGGUUGACCCUGUGCGCGAAGAAGUGGUUGGCCCAGCCGGUCCAACCACCGCCACCCGCAUGGAUAAAUUCACCCGCAUGAUGCUUGAGGAAACCGGCCUUGCCGGCAUGAUUGGCAAAGCCGAACGCGGGCCGGUGGCCAUUGAAGCGAUACGCGAUAACAAAGCCGUGUACAUGAUUGCGGUGGGCGGCGCUGCUUAUCUGGUGGCCAGGGCCAUUACUAAAUCAACGUGA